AUGACGCAGCGUAUUGGCGCUCCACAGUGGGAGCGCUUGCUGGACUCCGGGGACUGUCCCGGGCCGCUGGCCCGGCAAUACAAGGCUUUUAACGGCCCGGUUUGGACCUUUAGCGGGGGGAAGGGGGAGGUCCAGGGGGUCCAGGCGCCAUGCGACCGGGAGCCCUCAGCAGACGUCAAGCUGGCGACCAUAGCAGGAAAGAAGGGCAAGAAGGUCGAGGAGGAGGAGCAGCCUGCAGCAGCAGUGAAGGAGGAGGAAGAGGAGGAGGAGCAGACUGCAGCACCUCCUGCAGCUGCAACAGCAGUGAAGGAGGAAGAGGAGGAGGAGUAUGUGGUGGAAAAGAUUUUGGACCACAGAGUGGUGAAGGGAAGAGUAGAGUUUCUGCUGAAAUGGAAGGGGUUCUCAGAUGAGGAUAACGCAUGGGAGCCGCAAGUCAACCUGUACUGCCCUGACCUUAUCACAGAGUACAUGCAGAAACACAAGGAGAAGGAGAAAAAGGAGAAAAAGAAGGAGGGCAAGAGGAAAGUUGUCAGUGAGGCCUCGGGAGACUCAGAGGAGCGAGGGAGCAAGAGGAAGGAGGAGGAGGAGGAGGAGAAACGGAGAGGAGAGGGACCCAAACGUCACCACUGUCAACACUGUCACAAAUCCUUCAGAACAUCAAGAUAUUUAAAGAUUCAUCAGAGAGUUCACACUGGAGAGAAUCUACACAGCUGUGAUAAAUGUGGGGCAGCAUUCACACAACAGGAUAAACUUAAAAGACAUCAACUCAUUCACACUGGAGAGAAGCCGUACAGCUGUGAUCAAUGUGGGGCAGCUUUCACACGACAGAGUGACCUAAGAAGACAUCAACGCCUUCACACUGGAGAGAAUCUUCACAGCUGUGAUCAAUGUGGGGCAGCUUUCACACACCAGAGUAACCUAAAAAUGCAUCUACGCAUUCACACUGGAGAGAAGCCGUACAGCUGUGAUCAAUGUGGGGCAGCUUUCACAUACCAGUGUAACCUAAAAAACCAUCAACGCAUUCACACUGGAGAGAAUCUUCACAGCUGUGAUCAAUGUGGGGCAGCUUUCACACAACAGGGUAACCUAAAAAUACAUCAGUGUGUUCAGACUGAAAGUAAAGACUCUGAUGAUGAUGUUUUCCAGCCAACACUAAAGAAUGGUGGAGCAGCAGGAAAUGCUGAUUAUUAG